AUAAAAUGGAGAAGGCAUUUUCACUCUUGCUUUUCAUCAUAUUCUUUAUCAUGUUUGCUUCUGUUGAAAAUAAGAUAAACGCAAAGACAUGCAUGGAGAAUCUCGGUUAUUGCGAGGGUACCUCGCAGCAAUGUGAUGAGAGAUGUAAGGCUAAGCACGGACCAGAGGCUGAAGGUGAAUGUGAUGUCAAGGGUCUAACAUGCACAUGCUUUUAUCCGUGCGGACAAGGCCCAUCGCCUCUGAAGCCCAAAAUAUGUUAUGGUGGAGCUGGCGUGUGCAGCGAUAAAUGUGGUCCUCCGUGUUGCAACCAAAACUGUGCGGAAAAGUAUAAUGAAGGAACUGGAUUUUGUGACAGCAUUGGCCAUACUUAUUUAUGCAAAUGCCAAUAUACUUGCUAAAGCCUAAAACUAUUUCAAUUUUUCUAGAAUAGACAGAAACAGAACCGAUCAAUUCUGUCAUUCUUUUUUCUUGUUUCAACUUGGA